CUGAUCUUUGAUUCUCUCUUCUUGCUGUUAAACAUCUCCUUGUAACUUAUUUACGAGAACUUGGUGUUAGAUCAAAAUAACUUCUACCUGUUAAGUUUGAGUAUUCCUACUACUUGUUUGUUGGAUUAUGUAUGGAUAAUCUAACAAGUUACUUGUUAAUCACUUCUGGGAGUUAUAGAAUUGAAUUAAACUUAACGAAAAUAAUGUAAAUUGUUCAAUCGAUGUACCUUGGAAGAUUUUGUUAUGAUGUAAUCAAAGAUUUCUUGUUUUUUAGUGAAAAGUAAUUUCAUGUUUAUUGUAUGGUAUUUGUGGAAAGUUUUUCUUUGAAUCCUAUAAAAUUCAAAAACAGAGAAGUAAUUGGAAAGGUGAACUAUUUUUUUUCGCCUUUGUUUUAUUUUUUCACAUGGCUCUCUGCAUUUGUAAAUUUGGGGUUAUACCGAACAUUUGUAUACCUAGGAUUCCAUGGUAGUUGACUUGUGUUCUUUACCCUCCUCGUGACUUGAUUUUUGAAUAGGAUGACAGAGAUGGGGGUACAUACCUAGACUAUAAAGGAAAGAUUCCAUUGGGUAAGACCAAUGUAUUACUGUGAACACUGAUAUUUUAAGGCAUACCAGAGGAUAAUACUCCGAAGCCAAGCUAGGGCUGAGACACUCUGGAAAAAUACAAGAUUGUUCCACACGAAGUUUAGAUGAAAGUCCUAAAAGAGAAAAAACAGGAAGUGGCUCUAGGCAAGCUUGAUCUAACCUCUCAGAGAUAGUAAUUCUCUCAAGUUUAUUUCCAAAAGAUCAAGGUUUCCCUCAAACUCAGCCAAUAAACCUGAAAAUUAAUUUUUUCAACCUUGUAACUUUCAAGAUCUUGUCAUUAAUCUUCCCCUCAAGCUGCUACCUAUUGCCUUGUAAAUAGGUUACAAUAAUUUGGUUUUAGAUGAAGAUAACAACUUCUACCUAAUCAGAUAAGUUUUAAUAUUCCUAUUACCAGUUUGCUGGAUAGCAUAUGGAUAUUAUAGGCAGAAAUUACAUACUAAUCACUUCUGGGUGUAAUAGGGAAGCUUUGUCUUCUGCAAUGUAAUGCAAGAAAAGGCAAGUGUUUGUUAUUCUUGUCAAAAUUAGCCUUGACAUCAAAAUUAUGAAAUUAACUACAAGGGCAUGCUUUUGAAAUAUAUAGGAAUAUAAUUUCUUAGACUACUGCUGGUUUCUUAUUGGUAGACAAGUUGAGUGUAAAAUUUGCAAGAAGUUCUGGGCCAGGUGGACAGAAUGUGAACAAAGGUUUGGUGCAUUUUUGUCAAAUAGUAUAAGUAAGGUUCAAUUUGAUUUCUAUUUGCUUUAGUUUUUGGAUUCAAGGACCUUCAAGAGGGAUUUUUUAUUACCUAAACAUACAUGUACUGGGAAAAAAUAUUCAAAAGUACAUAUUUACUGCCACUCAUAACUAAGAGAGCACUUUUUUAAGACCUAUCAGAUUUCCAGAGAGACAUCUUAUCUGCCCUAAACUUAAGCAUCUAUUAUACAUUUCCUGAGCAUCAUUCCUCCUGGUGUAUUCCUGAAUAGUUAUCAGUGUAGUGGCUAUUGCAUCCAUAUUCAUCCAAAAUCAAAGACUAGAAGGAAUAUUUGGUCCCAUUAUUUCUUGGUUUGGUACUUUGGUUGUAAAAACUAAUAUAACUUUAAUUUCUUCAUUUUUAAGUAAAUACCAAAGUGGAUUUACGCUUUCACGUUUUAAGUGCUGAAUGGAUUCCAGAGGAUGUUAGACACAAGAUCUUGGAAAAGGUAUGGUUGUGAAAGUCCCUUGUUAAAUCAAAAACAGUUUGCUAGCAUUUGUAUAGACUAUGGCUGAGGAAUGUUGAAGAGUGGAAACUGGAACUAUUGCUUUUGGCAUUUCAGCCUAUAAAUUGCUAUUUCCUCAGAAUCCACUAAGUCUUUGCUUGCCACUUUUUAAACUAAGAGAAACAUUUUUUUGCAACAAUAAAGGUAAUUUGCAUUUUAUCUUCUGGACACCAUGUUCAGAGUGCCAUUUUGUGUACUCUUUGCAAUGUGAGCCAUCACUAUUGACUGAACAAAAAAAACCUCUUCUUUCUCUAAAACUUACAGGAGAGGAAUAGAAUCAACAAAAAUGGUGAAUUAUUUCUCAGCUCAAUGAAAUACCGCAGCCAGCAGAAGAACUUGGAGGAUGCCAUUGAGAAAGUGGAAAUGAUCAUUAAGGAAGCGUCUUAUAUUCCAAAAGAAACCACACUGGAAAAAAAGGCUAGAGUAAAGAAACUGUAAGAUAAUACUGUUUUAAUCAUAUUUCUAACAGUUAUUGUUUCUUGACAAAGGCAGCUGAUAUGAGGACAAGCUAUCCCAUGGGCUACACAAAAUCUGCCCCAUUCCAAAGUUUUUGAAUGUAAGUUUUCAGCUAUAAGUGCAUUGAGGGGAAACAGAAACAGGUGUAAAGCAAGGCUGAGCACACUACUCAUUUGCACUGGGCCAAUUCCUACAAAGAAGGUUUUUUUUUAAUUUCACUCCUGAUAUAGUAAAAGGUUACUAUUAACCAAAGACUGAAAAUGUAAGAAAUUUUAAGUGAGGUCCAAAUGGGUGUUCUGAUGAUUCCAAUUUCACUGUGAAUAUCAAGUAAUUGCUUGAAAUAAAUUUAGAAAAAAAUUUUUCACUCUUUCCAAGGUGACCAGGCAAUAACAAUUUUAUAAUGUGCUACUCCAAUGAGGGCAUGUCUUGUAAUAUUAUUUUAAUUCUGAUUGCUAUUAUAUAUUUCCCAACUAACCACAAAUAAAGGUAUGGUCUCUGCAGUUUUUUCAUAAAAAAUGUGCCAUUAAUUUUUGCAGUUUGUACCUUGGUUAGGGUUAAAACACUUACCUCAAAAAUUAUUGCUGUACUUCGCAUAUGUGGAUGGAAACUAUGUUACCUGCAGAGUUUAAAGUGUUAUUUCUUGAUUCUAUUUUUGUGAUUUUAUGAUAUUUAUGGUUAUUUUUCAGGGCAAGAAUUGCCAAUGAAAAGCGCCUCCUUGCCAAGAGGUACAGAUCAGAGAGAAAAAAAGAUAGAUGGCAGGAGUGAUUAAAGAAUUUGGCCAGACAAAAAAGAAAGAGGGAAGUGGAAUGCCAAAUUGUGCCUCUACAACAAGGACAAACCAUCCCAAAGACAUUUCCUGGUUUAUACUAAAUAAAAGAGAAACAAAACCAAAGAUUAUCUCACAGAGCAAAUGUAAAUCAUGACAGCCUAAAGUAGAGACUUUGAUUACAUGCCAAAUAAAUGAAGAAAUGGUUCUCAAGAGUGAUUCUAAGUUUUCUCCAAAUAGAGGAAAGCUCAAUUUUUAAUUUAUCAAACUUUGAGAAGUUACGAAGGACUGUUGUCAGUAGUGGUGACUGACAUUUUGUCAUAAGUCAUCAUCAGAGUCAAGUGAAGAGUUGUUGUCAGUCUAGUGUCAUAAGUCCAGUUGUGUAAACUGAUUGGUCAGUUUAGUCUUGAUGUCACUGGCUAUACGAAUCAAUUACAAGUGGUGUAAGUCAGUCAUGAUCUGCCAGGUUUGAUCUGGUUGGUAAUGUUAAGCCAAUAUACCUGGUUCAUUUGUGAUGUAGCUGUGGUGAACAAGUUAUCUGUAUGGCGUCAGUAGCCACUAAUGACAACAGUCCUUCUCAGGACUAACCCUCAACCAAAAAAUUUUAUCACAUGAUCAAAUGUUACCCUCAGGUUUAAACCAUUCACUUUAUCAAACUGGUUAUUACCUGAUGAACUGACCCUGAACUGUCUUAAUAGCAGAAACAUCAAUGUUAGUUAAUAUAUUAAUCAAAGGAGCCUUAUAGUUUUUACAAAAACUCAUUUGUCCCAGCAAUUGGAUGGGAAAUAUUUUUCCACUCAGGUUAUCCUGAGUUCAUCCAACUCCAUUACCUGAUCUUGAUUUCUCACUCAAACCUUCUUCUGAUCAAUGAUGAACAGCCCUUUAGAAAAGAGUGCAUGCCAGGGGUGAAUUACAACAUCUUCAUGAGCUAAGUGUAAUAUAAUUUUAAACUUUGUACUGACUGGGGCCAUCAAGACAUUUAAUGUGUUGACCUAGUUAUGAGGGGGGGCAUUGUGAUUUUUGGUUUCAUGGUUUUUCAGUCUGACAGCAAUUAUGCACCACUACUGGUCUUGAAUAGGCUCGAAAUCUCUGUAUGCUUCACUUGCCACUGACUGUAACAAGUCGAUUGUGGUUUUGAUAACUGGGAUGUGAAAAUUUUUCAGUCUUGAUGGUUUUGCAUGCGGUUUUCAGUUUUGAUCUAAUUUUUCCGCGGUUGUGUGGUUUGGCAUGAUUUUUUUCUACAGUUUUGAAGCUUGCUAUAGGCCCCAAAGCCCCUCUCAAUUAUUUACCAAAUUUGCUUUAAAAAAAAGUCAAAAGAUAGCUCAUUUCCCUCCUAUAGUCCUUUAGGAAGGAUGAUCCCUAG